UAAAUUUAUCUGAUUUUGGUCAAAUUGCACGACUGCAAUAACAAUAUUCGAAUAUUACUAGUUAUUAGUUUUAAUGAUAGUUCGUGUGCACUGAUCAUGUUUUGUGCUGGUAGCAGGGUGGCCUCCACGAGGUGAUGAAUGCUAGUGUUAGUUAGCCCUUAUCUGCCUCUGUACAUGUGUGUGUGUUGAUUAUACAGAUCACAUUUUGGUGUAAAGCACACACACAGUAAACAUGUCGGGAUUUACUUUUGGAUCCACCACUCUGGGCGCCACUAACACCGGAGGAGGAUUUUCAUUCGGGGCUGCAGCCAGUGCCCCUGCUGCGGGAACUGGUGGCUUCAGCUUUGGGGGUCUGGGUGCGGCAACCUCCACUACCACCGCUACCACAACAGCAGCCUCUCUGGGCCUCGGUGGAGCCUUGUUUGCUCAGAAACCAGCAGCAGGGUUCAACUUUAACACACCUGCCUCAGGAGCUGCUGCACCAUCAACCGGCCUUACCUUAGGAGCUCCUGCCGCAACCACCACAGCUUCAGCAGGCUUCGGUCUCGGCUUCGGAAAACCAGCAGCUAUGGCAAGUCCGUUCUCUUUAAACACCGCUACCACCUCUGCUCCUGCUGCUACCGGCCUGACUCUGGGCUCCGUCAUAACCUCCUCGACACCUCAGACCGGAUCCACAGGCUUCUCGCUUAACCUGGGAGGAACAACGGCCACCUCCGCCGCUCCAGUCCUGGGUCUCAGUCUCGGCUCCUCACUGUUCUCCACCCCUGCGUCAAUAGGUCUUGGCCAGCCGAUGCUCAGUGGAGGCUUGAGUCUUGGAGGGUUGCUCACAGCUUCCAUGGCGUCCACAGCCCCUGUAGCCCCGGCUCCCAGCGUAGGUCUGGGUGGAGUGGACUUCAGCACGUCAUCAGAGAAGAAAAACGAGUCAUCUGGUGCCAGACCCGAAGACAGUAAAGCUCUCAAGGAUGAAAACCUGCCGGCCAUUAUCUGCCAAGACGUGGACAAUUUUCAGAAGUUUGUAAAGGAGCAGAAGCAGGUUCAGGAAGAGAUCAGCCGGAUGUCCUCCAAAGCCAUGCUCAAAGUGCAGGACGACAUCAAGAGCCUGAAACAGCUGCUGUCGGUCAGUGCCAGCGGCCUGCAGAGAAACGCCCUCUCCAUAGACAAGCUCAAGAUGGAGACCGCCCAGGAGCUGAAAAACGCUGAUAUUGCACUAAGAACCCAAAAGACACCCCCCGGACUUCAGCAUGAGAACAGCGCCCCGUCUGAGUAUUUCCACGCUCUGGUGGAGCAGUUCGAGGUGCAGCUUCAGCAAUACCGCCAGCAGAUCGAAGAACUGGAAAAUCACCUGACCACGCAGAGCAGCGGCUCUCACAUCACCCCUCAAGAUUUGUCUCAAGCUAUGCAGAAACUGUACCAGACGUUUGUGGCCCUGGCUGCCCAGCUGCAGGCGGUACAUGAGAACGUAAAGACCCUAAAGCACCAGUACCUGAGCUUCAGACGGGCCUUCCUGGACGACUGCACGGACGUGUUCGAGUCGAAGCGGAGCCGGAAGACGCACAGCGCCCCCCGGGUCACCACCGGCCCCACGCCCUUCGGCUCCGUCCCAAACGCCGCCGCCGUGGCCAUGGCCGCCACGCUCACCCAGCAGCAACAGCCCGCUCCAGGAACACAGACGCCCCUGGGGGCAAGUUUUGGCACCCCCUUUGCCUCGGGCAUGGCCAGUAGUAUGGGCUCUACCAGCCUCGGAGCUUUCGGUAGCGGCCCAGCGUUCGGGACUGCGGCGACGGGAGGCUCGUCGUUCGGUUUUUCUGCUAACAAGCCGUCUGGAGGGAGCUUGAGCGCAGGAUUUGGAGGCUCCAGCACCUCAGGCUUUAACUUCAGCAACCCAGGGAUCAAUGCGUCAGCUGGGCUUACCUUCGGAGUCUCCAACGUCCAGAGCGCGGGCUUCGGCACACCGACGCUGCAGCUCAAAAAGCCUCCAGCGGGCAACAAGAGGGGCAAGAGAUAGAACCACGGCUGUAAUACAGAUAUUAUGUAAUACAUAUUUUUGGAUGGAUGUUCUUUUGGUGUAACGUGUGCUUCUUAUUCAGUGCUGCAUUUUCACUAUCUGACUGACGUGAUGCCAGAUGAAUCUGAUGAACCCACUGAUGGAGGAAGAGGUUUAAAUACGGAGCUGUUUAGUUUGGUCACUCAAUUUGCUCCUGUGCAUGCAAUUUUCUCUGUCAUUUGAAGACGUAUUUCCUUCUUGUUCUCUUUCUUAACGUGUACUCGGUGUAGUGGCAACACGUGGAGUUUGUGUAGCCUGUAUGCUUAUUGUUUUGUCUGAACUUCUUUCUAGAUUUCAUGUGCAAACUUGUACUUUUGACCUGAAAAAGCUUUAAUAAUUAAACAGUAAAGUUUCUUCGUU